AUUUAGACGCCUUUUGCCGCGUGAGCACAACUCCAGCCGUCUGUGACGUCAUCUGAUAAACUUCUGUCAGUCAUUCGUGUUAAAGCUGUCACUCUCUCCUGAGGUGAUGGGAAAUGUUAGUAAACAUCGGCAUUGUGUCACUACAAACAGACACGCUCGGUUAGCUGAGGACAGAUGAGAUUAGAGUUCGCCUUUAUCUUAUUCACUUUAAAGGCUUCGAAAGCAAACCGUGAAGCUUCACAGCAAUGUAAAUAAUGUGACGUGAGUGGAUAAAAGCAGCGAGAACACCCGAGACAGCUUAGAAAUCCUACAAGCGUCAAAGCAUCAGGAAGAAGUGAAAUCUGCAGUUUGUUGAAGGACAGUGAGAUCCAGAACACACUGAAGAACAAACAGAUUUGAUGGAGGAGAAUGAGAAGAGUGAAGCACAGAAACAUCAUCCUGGCAAAACUAGAGAAAAAACUCACUCACAGACUGAAAGAGUUUCUGUACUGAAAAGAAGAGACAAGAAAAGUUUCACCUGCACUCAGUGAGGAAAGAGAUUGACAAGUAAACAGAAUCUUGAGGUUCACAUGAGGAUCCACACUGGAGAGAAACCGUUCACAUGUGAUCAGUGCGGGAAGAGAUUCACACAAUCAGCAACCCUUAAGAUGCACAUGAACAUCCACACUGGAGAGAAAGUGCACCCAUGUGAUCAAUGCGACGAAACAUUUUUGAGGGCUUCAGGCCUGAAGAAUCACCUGAGAGUUCAUUCAAAGGAGAAACCACAUUCAUGUUCUUUCUGUGGAAAGAGAUUUUCACAACUGCAGAACUUAAAAGUACAUCAGAAGAGACACACUGGUGUGAGAGAUUAUAUGUGCUUUGAGUGCGAGAAGACUUUUAUUACAGCUCAACAUUUGAAACGGCACCAGAGGAUUCACACUGCAGAGAAACCUUACAAGUGUUCACACUGCGACAAGAGAUUCAGUCAGUCAGGAGACCUGAAAACACAUGAGAGGAUCCACACUGGAGAGAAACCGUAUCACUGCACUGCAUGCGGGAAGAGUUUCAGUCGUUCAUCAAAUUUAUGUCCUUCAAGGUAUCUUGGAGAGGUGAGGUGUCCAAGUCACAAUAUCUAACUACUGGAGUGCCUCAGGGCUCAGUUCUUGGACCACUUCUC